GUCUAACUUUUUAAAUUUAGUUUUCCCGCGGAACCUAAAUAGUUCCGUACGAGGUCAACUAAGAAAAUAGAUCUUACUAGACACUUUUCUUAUAAAUAUAAAUAAGGAAAAAAGAACUUAGACAAUAAUGUUAAUAAAAGUAAAAUAUGUAGUGAUCGACAAAACUUCCUAGAAAUGUUUAGUAUUCGAGAUGAAAUCUUCAAGGGCGUGUGUGUGUGUUUAUUUUAACACCAUUAAGAUUAAGUCUUGGACUGAAAUGAGAUUCAAAAAAUGUGCCACUAUUUUUCAAAAGAAGAUUAUCAUUCUGUUUAUCGCUAGAAAAAGGUCUGCAUCGUUCGUUAAAUGCUUUGUCGGUAGUGUCGGUUUUAUUUCUAUUUUAUUUUAAAGAGUUUUAAAUUAGUUAGUAUUAUUUUCGUCUGUUAAUUGCCCUGUCGGUAGUGUCUAUUUUAUUUAUAUUUUAUUUUUAUAUUAGUUAAUAUUUUUUCUUCUAUAUCAUAUAGCUUUAGUGUUUUCUUUGGCAAAUAACUAACUACACAAAAAAAUUAAAAAUAAAAUUGAGAACUAACUUUAAAAAUGAGUCACACGUGGUAUUUAAAUUUACACCAAAAUGACAUAUGACUGACCGAACCAAUAACCCAAUUAGGCAUUCCAACGACCUGUCAAACAAUAGGUGCCAGUGGGAAAUUCUUGUAUAUUUAAGGGGGUAGCGACAUAGUCUUGCAACUUGAACGCUAUUUUUAUUCGAAGUAGUACUCGCCAAGCCUGCCAAUUUAUGAAGAAAUGUAUAGAUGGGUUUUUUAAAUAUUAUUUUUAUUGUGUUUGACAUAAAAUAUUUAAAUGUAAUCCAUUAUUCAUGAUUUUACGUAAAGUAGAUAGAAUACACCAUAUGUCGCCACCCUUAGAUAUACCAAACCUGCCCACUGGUAAUUCAUUUGUUUGGAAUGCCUAAUUCAUUCCAUUGGCUUUUGUUAUGACGUCAUCCAUAUGAACCAAAAUCUGAACCGCUGUCAAAAAUACUGUCAAUUUAACGUCAACCAUAACCAGAACCAUACGUCAAAGGAAAACGACUAUUAAGAUCCAAAGUGUUGACGCAAAGUGAGCGAUCUGAUUCUUUAGCUGUAAACUGUGUCACAGGGUUCAAAAUGGCCGCGCCCUAUGUUGGGCGUGUCGGACCUCUCUCUUGCCUCGUAUAGUGGCAACACUGAUUAUAGGCAAGUCGCUGAUUAUCGUUCGUAGAAGCAGGGCACCAAGUUAUUUGCUUUGGUUUGUACAUAUUAGAGGCCAUAAUUCAAGAAACAAAAGAAGAAGAUAUUUGUUUCUAAUUUCAGUCAAUUAUUUUCGGCUUGUCAUCUUUAUAAUAUCUUGUCAUUCGAUAUUCAAUAUCAUUGUGUUUUUAUUUUCCAUUUUAUUCAUACGUAUUGUUACUAAAGAGUUGAUAUUAUAAACCUUAAUUUUAUCAUUCAUGAUGAUGCAAACAGAAAUGAAUGCUUAUUAUCCUGACUAUUCUACAGCUCCAAUCCAACGACAAAUUAACCCCUAUGCUGAUAAUGGAGGGAGUGUUGUAGCGAUAGCAGGAAAUGAUUUCGUAGUUGUGGGAGCUGAUACUCGUCUCAGUUCAGGUUUUUCAAUUUACACAAGAAACCAAAAUAAAUUAUUUCCUAUGUCCGAUACAACUGUAUUAGGUUGUGCAGGAUGUUGGUGCGACACUUUAACUUUAACCCGAAUUUUGAAAUCUCGUAUGCAGAUGUACCAGCAGGAACAUAACAAACAAAUGUCUACAACAGCAUGUGCACAGAUGUUAUCCACCAUGCUGUAUUAUAAGAGAUUUUUCCCUUACUAUAUAUCCAAUAUACUUGUUGGAUUGGAUAAUGAAGGAAAAGGUUGUGUUUAUAGCUAUGAUCCAAUUGGGCAUUGUGAAAAGGCCACCUACAGAGCAGGUGGCUCUGCAGGUGCAUUACUUCAACCUCUUUUGGACAACCAGAUUGGACAAAAAAAUCUGGUGAAACCAUCAUCUGAAGAUCUUUCUCAAGAGAAAGCUCUUGCUAUAUUGAAAGAUGUAUUCAUUGCUGCUGCAGAGAGAGACAUCUAUACUGGAGAUAGUGUUCUUAUCAAUAUUAUUACAAAGGAUGGAACUAAAGUAGAAACUUUUGAAUUAAGAAAAGAUUAAUAUUUUGUAUUAUUUUUUAAAUAAAGCAUUCAAUUAUUCAUUUCUUUCAAAGGUCAUUUGAUUUUUUAUUUAUUAAGAAGAUCCCUUGCUGGAUAUUAAAAAGGUUGUAGAUUAUAUUACAUAGCCAAAAAAAAAACCUGUAAAAUUUAAGGAAACCAAUCAAAAUCGUGAGUAUAUUGUUUAUUAAAAAAAAAAUGUACAUAAAAUUAA